AUGGCACCGAUACUAGCAUCUGUUAUUGAUGACAAUCUUGAGCUUCAAAAUGUUGUUGUGAAGGGCUUAUCAGAUUUCAAUGAAUGGAUUUCACUGAUUUCAGAGAUUGAGAAAUUGUAUCCUGAAGAUGAGGAGAAAAUAUGUCUGGUUUAUAAUCAUUUCUUGUCCAAAUUUCCUUUGUGUCAUGGGUAUUGGAGGAAGUAUGCUGCCCACAUGACAUGCUUAUCCACCGCAGAUAAGGUUGUUGAAGUAUUUGAAAAGGCCGUUUUAGCUGCAACAUAUUCAGUGGCUGUGUGGUUUGAUUACGUUAGCUUUGGCAUGUCAGCUUUUGAGGACCCAUCUGAUAUUCGGAGUAUUGCACCAGAGCAGGAUCGGGGCAUCGAGCUUCCAACACCCAAACUUUUCCCAAAUCCCACAUCUUCAAAAACCAUAACCCUAGGCCUCCAUCACCUGAACCUUUCCAGGGGGGGUUCAUGCUUCAAAUCUAACAAAGAAGAGAGGAAGAGAGAAUGGUGUGGAAGGGAAAGAGAAAUGAAGGGUGUGCAUGAUAGUUUUAAGAAGUUGCUAACUGUUUUAGAGGAAGGAAUACCAAACCUGGAAUUGCAAUCUGAGCCAUGUUUUGAUGGCGAAAUUCCUAUGACUACGUGUUACAAGGAUGGUGAGAUUUAUCAAAUUAUCAAAGAUAUGAUGGAUUCAUCUGUUGGAUUGACCAGUUCAAUAGCCCUAAAAAGGUACAGGGCCAUUGGAGAACUGCUUUAUCAUAAUGCUUGUGAAUUGUAUUCAAAAAUUAAUCCUUUUGAGGCUAGUAUCCGAAGACAUUACUUUCAUGUUCAGCCUCUUGAUGCAAAUCAAUUGCGGAAUUGGCAUAAUUAUCUGGAUUUUAUUGAACUUCAAGGGGAUUUUGAUUGGGCUGUGAAACUUUAUGAGAAAUGCUUGAUUGUCUGUGCCAACUAUCCUGAAUACUGGAUGCGUUAUGUGGACUUCAUGGAAGCCAAGGGAGGAAGAGAAAUUGCAAACUAUUCUUUAGACCGAGCAACUGAAAUUUACUUGACGAGGGUACCAGCCAUUCAUUUAUUCAAUGCCAGGUUUAAGGAACAAAUAGGAGAUCUUUUAGCUGCUCGUGCUGCAUAUGUUCAGAAUAGUAAAGAGACAGAUUCAGACUUUGUGCAGAAUGUUAUAUCAAAAGCUAAUAUGGAAAAACGUCUGGGAAAUAUAGAGUCAGCUUUCAGUAUAUACAAAGAAGCACUAAAAAUGGCAGCGGAAGAGGAAAAGUUACAUGCCCUCCCUAUUUUAUAUGUUCAUUUCUCUCGUCUAAAAUAUAUGAGUACAAAUAGUGUGGACGCUGCCAGAGAUCUCUUAAUUGAGGGUGUCAGAACUUUGCCUCAAAACAAAUUGCUUCUGGAGGAGUUGAUAAAGUUCUCAAUGAUGCAUGGAGGUACAAAGCACAUGGCUGUAAUAGAUUCAAUUAUUGCUGAUACUAUAUGUCCGAGGUCUGAUGGAUCUCAAGGUUUGAGUGCAGAAGAUGCAGAGGCUAUAUCAAACUUAUACCUGGAGUUUGUGGACUAUUGUGGAACCAUACAUGAUGUAAGGAAGGCGUGGAAUCGACACAUAAAAUUAUUUCCAGACUCUGCCCGGAAAGAUAUGCAUGAGCAAUCUUCUAAACACAGAAAAUUGCAUAAUUUGAUGGACAAGAGAGAAGAGAUUUCUGUUGUCAUGCCUAAUCAAGCAUCCAGGGAUUCUAGUUCUGAUUUGCAAGCUCAUUUACAUAAAAAGGACAAGAAAGCCUCAUUGCUGAAAUAUUGUGAUAACCAGUAUGAUGCUACUGAUGAUGGAUUAAUAUUGAAGAAAAAUAAAACUACUCGAUCUAAUGAUACAGAUAUAUACAAGCUUCAAAUUAUGGAUGUAGAUGACAAAAUUGAACAAAAAGGGAGAGAAUUUGCUCUCCCGGUUUCUGAGGAACCAGGAGACAAUGAUCCUGAAAAUAACCUGUCAUCGGCCAAUUUAAUGGAUGUAAAAGAGGAAUCAACCAAAGUUAAUAAGACUUUAAAAAAUAGUUCUGAAUCUGAUGUUUCAUCGGAAGAACUUUUACGUCAAACUACCUGUGGAAACCAAUCCUCACAAGCUGUGCAAACACCCUCAAAGGAAAAUACUGCUUCUUCCAAGGGGAAGUGCGAGCUUGAGCCUGAAGAAUUGAAGCCGCUUUCUCUGACAGGCAUAUCAUUGAAACCUCAGGGAAGCACAUGUCCUAAUUCAGGCAAAAUGGUAUCUCAAGAGUGUGUUGCAAUUCUGGAAAGCCAUAAGUCAAAUCAUAGAGCAAUAAUUGGUGGUCAUACCAUAAAUCAAGACAACUCUGCCAGCACUCAAGAUUCUGAGUCUACCCAAGUUCACAUUGAAAUAAACAGCCCAUAUUCAGCACGCCAUCGGGACCAGAGAUCAAGAAAACCAUUUCUGCCACCUCGAUCUUCUGGUAACAGUGGUGGGAACUGGCAUAGAAAGAGAAAUGCUGGUCAAUUUCGUAGAGGUCCCAAAUUUGGCUACAAGGGAAAUACGGAUAGAAAACAGCACCAAUGGCGGCAGCUGUCUCCACAACAGAUGCAUCCACCUGAAGGGGGUGCACAGAUGGCCGUAGCUCAAGAUUAUUCUUCUCAAUCUGUGUUGCAAGUUCAGCAAUGCAAUCCAGGACAAAAUCAGUUUCAAUCUACUACUACUACUACUGGUUUGGUGGCAGCUCAUUCUUGGCCUAUGCAAAACAUGCAGAUACAGAACCCUUCAUCUCAGUCCCAAACAUCAGCCAAUACCACAUCACAUGUAUUACAACAUCCAAUGCAAGGCAAUAGCCAACAUGGAUACAUGCAGAAUAGCCAAGAAUAUAGUCAGUUAUACCAAUACUAUUACUACCAGCAGCAGCAGCAGCUGCCGCCUCAGCAGCUGCAACUACAACAACAUUAUAUUCAAUUACAACAGCAAUCAUUCCAGCAGGAACAGUCACAACAACUCCAACAUAGUCUGCUGGAACCUCUUCAACCACAACAGCUCCAACAACAGGUUCUGCAGCAACAGCAAUACUAUCAACAGCAGCAACCUCUGCAGCAAGAACACCCUGUUCACUUUACGCACCAGCAGCAGCCACCAACACAGAGCAGCAGUCAUCCUGUAGAAGACCACGGCCAGGCAAUAGUGACAUCGCAGAGCCACGGAGCAAUAUUACCGCAACAAUCAGAAAAACUUGGAUCGAUUUCUUCUCCAGUCGUGCAUCAUCAUCCUCAAGAGAAAUCCACCCAAUAA